CUGGUGCUUGUCGAUAACGAACGGCGCACAGGUUGCCAGACAUGUUAUAUCACUGACUUUCGAAGCUUUAGUCUGACACAAUAAUGAACUUUGAGUAAUCCCUGUGUUUGAGCUUCUUUUGUGUCCGAAAUGGCGACAGACGAUCUUCUUGCGCCCAGCUCAGCGCUCUCGACGCCUUCGACACCUCAGCCUCGUGAUGGUCAAACAUUUGAUAAUACUGGAUAUUGUGUUCUAUCGCUGGAUGGUGGCGGGGUUCGUGGGCUCUCGACGUUGUAUAUUCUAGAUAGCAUCAUCAAUGGAAUCAACAACGAGCGGAGAGAGGCAGGAUUGCGCCCACGGAAGCCAUGCGAGAUCUUUGAUCUGAUUGGGGGUACGAGUACGGGCGGGCUCAUUGCUAUCAUGCUAGGGCACCUCGAAAUGACAGUUGGAGAGUGUAUCGAAGCGUACAUCAAAUUGAUGCAGCAGGUCUUCGAGAAGAAAGUCAAUCGCUCAUUCAAGGGUGUAGGGCUCUUUGGAACGGUGCAAGCACGGUUUUCUUCGAAAGCCCUCGCGGAUGCAAUCUCUCAGGUCAUCAAAAGCCGUGGAAUAUCUUUGGAUGAGAAAUUUGAGAACGGAAACAAGCCGAGGUGCAGAGUCUUUGUUUGCACCAAAUAUCAGAAAACCAACGUUGUAACCCGCCUUCGCAACUACCGUGUACGCACAAGCUCUGAUCGAGGUCCCACGAUCCUUGAAGCCGCUCUCGCGACAACGGCAGCGCCGACGUACUUCGAAGGAGUUGCAAUAGAGGGGAGCACAUAUGUCGACGGCGCUCUUGGUGCGAACAACCCGACGAUUCAAGUUGAGGAGGAAGCAACUGACCUCUGGUCUGAAUCGGAUGGCCAGAUCCAACCGCUGAUUAAAUGUUUCAUAUCCAUUGGCACCGGCGAGCCAGGCUUAGGAAGUGUAUCAGACAAAGGGUUCAGAAAGCUCAUCGAAACCCUGAAGAAGGAGGCCACGGAGACCGAAAAGACAACAGAGCAAUGGUUAGGCAGAUGGCGACAACACGUUGAAAGGAACCGAUGCUUCCGAUUCAACGUGAUCCAUGGGCUUGAAAACGUGAGGCUCGAGGAGUACAAGGAGCGGGAUGUGAUUCAGUCAACUACGGACACGUAUCUGCAAAGUCGUGGGACCCAAACCAAUGUGAGGAAGUGCGUGGAGAACUUGCGAAUGAAGGAGUGUACGUAUAGAGCCAACUGCAGGCUUCAUGCGGCGAUUGUUGGAAGAAGCAACGGGGAAUGCAAGCCAACGCCCUUCACAGUCUCAGGGAAGAGCAACCCCACAAGAAAUUUUGGAGCUUAUCCAAAACGGAAAAGAGCUACUUAAAAAGAGUUCCGAUCAAGUCACUCGGAAAGAACUCCUGCAGGCCCGCCACUACCUCUCGAAGGCCCUCUUCCACAUGAAAAACGAACCCAACACAUCAGUCAAACAAUUUGCACGCGUAUGCCAACAGCUCAUGGAGGCAGAAAUGAAAUUAAGCAGGACCACGUCCAAUCCCGUCGAGCGUCAAGCUCAUGUCGACCAAGCGCACAACUAUGGGCAGGCAGCGUUAGACAACGCAUACAACUGUCAAGAUGAAUUUAUGGUCGCGCAAUUCGACUUCUUGCUUGCGACUGCUACGGCAUGGAGGAUAUAUGUGGAGGCUAGGUCGAAGGGAAUGACACCCAGAGAUCAUGAAGGGAGUUGGGGUAUCUACGCACUUCUGGAUGAAAAGCUGGGGGAAUUGAAGAAAUUCCAACAUCCUAAUAUUAGGCACUUUGAAGCACAGGCGAAGAAGUAUCAAGGCUAUGUUACGAAGACUAUUUGAU